AUGGCAGCGUCUGGAGCUGGUGACCCUUUGGGUGCUAAGGAUGGAAAUGCCCCAUUCGCUCAGCGCAUCGACCCGUCGCGGGAUAAAUUGACCCCAGUGCAAGUGCAGUUUAUGCGGCAGGUGCAGCUUGCCCAGUGGCAGAAAACACUGCCACAGCGGCGGACCCGGAACAUCGUGACUGGCCUGGGCAUCGGGGUCGUGGUAUUAGCUAUUUAUGGUUACACCUUCUAUUCAGUGGCUCAGGAGCGUUUCCUUGAUGAGCUGGAAGAUGAGGCCAAAGCUGCCCGAAUCCGAGCUUUCGAGAGGAAGAGAGCAUCAGGACCCUAA